GGAGAAGGGAGCAGGAGCAUCAGCAGAGACCUGCAAGGAGCACAUCCCCAGGUACAUCAGCUGUCUGUCUGUCUUCUGCAGAGAUGGUGCGAGCAACUCCCUUCCUCCUGGUGCUCUUCCUGGCCCUGGGGGCUCACAGUGCCACUGUGAAAAAGUGCAAUCUGGUCGGGCGCUGGGUCAAUGAUCUGGGCUCCAACAUGACCAUCACGACUGUGAAUGCAAAUGGCAACUUCGUGGGCUCCUACCACACAGCUGUGUCAGCCACCACCAACGAGAUCCAGGAGUCACCAAUGCAGGGGUCUCAGCAGCGCACUAACCACAAGGGCCAGCCCACCUUUGGCUUCACUGUCAACUGGAGCUUUUCAGACUCCAUCACUGUUUUCACGGGCCAGUGCUUUGUGGAUGAAGAUGGGAAGGAAAUUUUGAAGACCAUGUGGCUGCUGAGAUCACGUGUGGAGAACAUCAAGAAUGACUGGAAAGCCACCAGGGUUGGCAUCAACGUCUUCACCCGCCUGUAGUGGCAGCAGUGAGAGUGGAAAAGAGGGGAUCCCCAUUUCCGAGGCAGUGCCAGGGGUGUGGCCCCUGCUCCUGCCCCACCACCUGCUUCUCCCAAUAAAGCUUUGCUGCAAAUA